AUGAUGAUGUCGAGUUCUUGGCAAGCAAGAGAAUCUCACCGAACCUUACGCAUCCUGCUGGAUUUGCAAGUGGCAGUGGAGACCGCCUCCGCACACAGAGCAACACUAGAUGCCAGAGAGUUGCGUCAUUUUGUUGUGCAAGUGCAGACCCGAGAACAGGAUUUAAAGUUUGUGGUUACCCUGGCGAUAUCAUGCAGCGCCGUUAUCAAAGAAAUCCGACGCACUGUGAACACCUUGCAACGCCUGCAGGUACACGCAGAGGACGUCCACGGCGUUGGUUCAUUCGACUGCCGCGAGGUGCGCUUCGUCACUUCACAAAUGAUGCGAAAAGCAACGACAGUGCAUUUCAGUGCUUGUGGAGUGUUUUCUUUGGAUCUUUCAUUGAUCUGCUCCAUAGCCCAGGGCGUGGCUUGCUAUAUUAUCAUUCUGGUGCAGCUGGAAUCAUCAAAUAGACCUACUUAAUGAUAAUCAAUUUAACACACGAAAAACCAUAGCAUCAAUACAGGACAUAUUAUACAAUAAAAAGCGAACUCUAUGGAUUCUGUAUUGUAACAACAAUUGAAAUAUUAGAUUGUACAAAACCACUUUUAAUUCAUCACAUUUGAAAAUAAAUGUGUUUUUUUUUUCUCUUCAAAGGAAGUUCCCGUACAUGAGAUUCUCUUGUGCGCGGCGCAUCCAAAUAGUAAGAGUCCUUGACGCUAGCAGACCGUACAUUGCGAAGGUCUGUAUGCGUGCUAAAGAGAGUAAUCGUAAGCGUGAGAUAUCUCUCCCCGAUUCCCGUCAAUAGCCAAGUAAGAGGAAUGAAUUUAUUGAUUGAAUUAUUAGUGAUUUCUGGAAUUAACAUUGCUAAGAUCAUUGGUCC